CCAGCACGUUCGUCCCAUAUGCCUUCCGUUAAAGGCGUCGCAAUAGUCACAGGAGCAGGUUCUGGGAUCGGCAGAGGGAUCGCCGUCCAGCUGGCCGAUGACGGUUUCGACCUGGUGGUGAACGAUCUGGUAUCGAGCAAAGAUGCGCUAGACUCUCUGUUAGGCGAGAUUACCGGUCAGGGGAGGCGUGCGGUCGCCUUUACGGGAGACGUAUCGGUGGAACAGGACGUCAUCGACCUCGUGAAAUGCGCCGUGGAUCAGUUCGGCGGAGUGGACGUGAUGGUAGCGAAUGCCGGCGUUAUGCUGACGAAAAAGCUGGUGGACACUACUGUCGAUGACUGGGAUCGUAUAUUUUCCAUCAAUGCUCGCGGUGUAUUCCUCUGCUACAAGUAUGCCGCAGAGCAGAUGAUCAAGCAAGGGAGAGGGGGCCGUCUCAUCGGCCCGUGUUCUAUCGCGGGGAAGAAGGGUUCACCAGAAAUGGCAGCUUACAGUGCGACGAAGUUCGCGAUUCGCGGGCUAACACAGGUAGCAGCUCAGGAAUACGGCCAAUAUGGCAUUACAGUGAAUGCUUACGCGCCGGGUGCCAUCGAGACGCCUUUGCUCAAUAGGGUUGACGAUUAUAACAUCAAGAAAACCGGCGGGGAGAAGGGGUCAGCCAUCGAGGCGAUGAAGAAGAACGCAGCGCUUGGCAGAAAUGGAACACCGAGCGAUGUCGCAGGCCUCGUCUCCUUCCUGGUAACGGACAAGGCUCAGUUCAUCACCGGUCAAAGCAUCCUCAUUGACGGCGGCUUGUUGUUUGACUGAUCGAUCGUAGGGCUAUAAAGCCAAUAACGAAGCAAAUGUAUGUUGC